CGCGGCGUUCCGAGGAGUCACUACCAACAUGAGUGAGGUUUUGCGCACUGACCCACCUCAGGUGUGUUAGCUUCGUUGUGAUUGGUCAUCUCAGUGGCUCUUUGCAUAAGUGCUUGUUCCAGUGGACUACUCAUGAACCAAUCAUGUACAAGGACAGCAAAGACAGUCAUUGAUAAUAACUGCAUGCUACUAGCGAUCGACGUUAGCAUCGCAAGCAAGAGGUACCCGCUGGUAUAAAACUGGUGAAAUAUUUUGGAAUUAACAGAAGCUGUUUUGUCAGAAUCUGCAAUAAAUUCCCAGCGAGGAGCUAUAUUUUAUCGUAGAUUUCCCCCAAAGCGAAAUACUCUGCUGACAAAUUCGUAAGCAGCAGCCAUCUCAAAGUGUACUUUGCCUACCGGAUAGUUGAGCGUUAUCACUAGCUUGGAAUCACCUGUGUUAGACGAGUGGCCUCGAGGUUGAUUUGUAUCGAUCAACAGUAUUUCAACCCUGGCACACCAGCGCAAAUUCCGUCUUUCACACAGAAACUAAUUUUGUCAAAUAGCAGACAUGGUGCUGGUUGAUCUUGUCGUAUUUUUGGUCGUUCUUCUUGCUGUUUGCAACUUCAUGAGCUGGAGAGCAAGAAGGCAUUUAAACCUACCCCCAGGACCGCCAUCUAUCCCUCUUCUUGGCAAUUUCAAUGUCUUCAUGAGCAACCGGCCAAUCUACAAGGUACUCAAGGAGCUAGCAGACAAGUAUGGAAGCAUUUUCUCACUGAAGCUGCCCAUGGGUCGCUUUGUGGUCCUGUCCGAGGUAGAUGUCAUACGGGAGGCCUUUCUGCAUCGCUCGGAAGAUUUCUCGGGCCGCCCCUAUGUGUACUCUGUCAGCCUUAUGACUCGCAAUAAUUGUGGCAUAGCUUUCAGUGACUACAGUCCAUCUUGGCGCAUGCACAGACGAACGACAGCACUCGCAAUCCGGAGGAACAUGAAAGGGUACAACUGCAUGCCGACCUCAGCUAAGAUUCAAGAAGAAGUCGCACAAUUGAAUAAGUUACUGUCCAAGAAAGAUGGCAUGUACACUGACAUCAGUGCGGAGUUGAAUCUGUCUGUCCUUAAUGUCAUUUGUGACAUGACAUUCGGACAGCGUUAUGAAAUCACGGACACAGAUUAUCAGCAGAUGCUGGAUUGCAACAAUAAGUUUGCCGCAGUCUUAGAGCCCGGGGAUCCCAUAGACAUCAUUCCAGCGCUCAAGAUCUUCCCAAGCAAGAAACUUCGUAUGGUUCAAGAGAUCAUCGAGACACGUGACUCCAUUCUGCAGAAAAAAUACGACGAGCACUUCCGUACCUUCGACCCCAACAACAUCCGGGACUUGACCGAUGCCUUCAUAGCCACCAUGCUUGAAAGCACUGAUGGAGAUUGCAAAGGCGUACUCACUGAAGAUCACGUUGUCAUGGCAAUGUGGGAGCUUUUCGUUGGAGGGUACGAGGCCACAUACAAAUCACUUGUGUGGGCAAUAAUCUACGUGUUAAACAAUCCACAGGUACAAGAUAAGAUUCAACGUGAACUAGCACAGAAGAUUGGGACACGCUUGCCUGUUUGGGACGACCGUCAUGAGCUUCCGUACCUGGAGGCGACCAUAAUGGAGACAUUACGUUGUAGUUCUUUCUCUUCGAUGAAUGGACCAAGGAGGACAAGAUGUGAUACCAAGGUGCAAGGAUAUGACAUACCCAAGGACUCAACAGUCUUUUGUAACCUGUGGUGGGUUCAUCACAAUCCUAAAUAUUGGAAGCAUCCCAUGAGCUUUCGGCCAGAGCGCUUCCUAGACGAGGAUGGCAAAGUUUUCACUCCCAAGAGUUUCAUGGCAUUUUCCAUCGGCCGCCGAGCUUGCCUUGGGGAGAACCUGGCCAAGAUGGAGCUCUUCAUGUUCCUGGGGGGCAUCCUGCAGCGCUUCCAGCUUAGGACGCCCGCUGGGGAGAAACUCCCCGACACGGAGCCCAUGCCAGACAUGAUGAGAUCACCCAACUUUUUCAAAGUUCAGAUUGCUUGUCGUUGAAGAAGCUAUGGUUGUGUAAAGACUGAUAUUGGUUGCUUUCAUGUAGGGUUUGUAAUAUCCACGUUGUGAGUACACAUGAAACAGUCAUUUGCGAAAAUAAUCUGCAAAUUGCGGAGGCCAAACAUCGUACAUUUGCCCAACUUAUCACAGAAAGUCAGAAAUGAGAGAGAGAUGUGUAAAAUAGGUGGUGAAGGAUAAGAUGUGUGGUAAAGUUGGAACAGAGAGUCUCCAUGAAAAGGAUUCGUGUGUGGUAAAAAACUCAAAUUACAUUAUGAAGGCAGUGAAUGUUUGUAAUAAAAGUAAUGAAUCUUAAUGUCUUUCCUGAUAUUACGGUAACUAUCCACAGUCACACACUGUCUGAAGGCAACACGCCUUGUUAGAGAAAAAUAACAUUGAACACCUUGAGCAAAAUUAGAAUUGUCAGAAUUGCUGGAAUCAAGUACAUAACGUAAGGUGUCGAAAUAAAUAAGUCACAAGAAACAUAAGGUUUCUCGUUUCGGUUUAGACGUCGUGCUACUGCUGUGUCAAUUCCUUAAACGUAUUACUACUUGAGUUGGUAUACCAGUUUAGACAAGGCCGAAUUCUUUUUGCUCAUAGAAUUCAAAUACAAGUCCGUGUAUGUCUAUUUUUGUAAAUACUUGUAAAUAGCAUUUAUUCUGGUGUGGCAUUGUUUUCAAUAAUGCGUGUCAAUACAAGCAUAUAUAUUAUUCACAACAUUGUAAUAAUGAAUGUCUUGUGUAGAUUUUCUGGAGCAAAAUAUAUUUUAUAUCCGGUGCACUAAGAUAUUCAAAGGAUGUUUCAUAUUUACUUUACAGCGUUACAUUUCGAAACACUUCUAUGGCUGGUCAUCCUUGAUAUGCCAGCGACCAUUGGUUCGGGUUAAGACUUUCUGUAAAAUAUAAAGCAAGUUAAGUGCAAUUAGGAUGCAUAAACCAUUUUGAUCGCUGCAUUUAAAUGCAGAUUGAUACAAAAUGAUUGAAAUAACACGGUCAAUCAAGUGCAAUUAGGGUGCAUAAACCAUUUUCAUAUCUGCAUUUAAAUGCAUAUCAAUAAAAUGAUUGAAAUAACACGGUCAAUCAAAAGAAUUAGUUACAAACAAAAACUAAUUCUAUAUAUGGAUGGAAUUUAUGGCAACUCUAUAGAAAGAUGUUGCAAGUCAAUAUCACAACUUGGUAUUUUUAAGGUUUCUUAAGUUAGGUAUUCGAACUAGUAUCAGAAAAAGCUUUCUGAUUUAUAUCAGCAAUUUUGUCGUACCAGCACAUCAUCUCUUUGCUUGAGAACCGAAUUUGAACGGAAUUCAGCGCUUCGAGAAUCAUCACUUUAGUUAUUUCCAUAUAGCGAGUAGUGUUCAUACCCACUAAUCAUGCACUAAUGAAGUCUUAUUACUUGCUGACCUACUAAGCGAAGAAUGUCAUCAAUGAAUAAAUUCAUCAGUGGGAGUACUUACCAUAAAUACUCUCCUUAAUUGAACGCUGACAGAUUAUGUUGGUGGCUAUACUUAGGACAUAUACCCUACUUAGAGCGUGUUAAGACAAAACGAAAUUCCCUACAUAUUCCCGCAAGGCUUUGGGAAUCAAGCUGCCUCGUGUGCUUUAUUUUCCACGAAUGUAUGAAUGGAAUACGGUAUGUCCCAAAAAUGGCACGGGCAAUACUGUCAAAUUUUAAACACAGAAUGUCAACUGGCGGUAUUUAUAGCUUACAUCUUAAAGAAGACACUCUAAGUUUUCUUGGUCUAUAUUUCAUCUCGUUUACUUUUGAUCAUCUAGAUAUAUGCCCCAGUAAACACGAGAAAUCAGAAUUGAGUUUGUGCCGCUUUCAAGUCCGAUCACUUGACCUAUAAUUAAAAUAAAACGAGCAAUUCUUGUUUGCAAGUUGAUUUCAAAGGAGAUGCUGAAGCUCCACACCCAAGAACAUGCUGAGGAGUAAUCCUAUUUUUCUGAUUUCAUGUAUGAUUAUUAAGACAUCGUUUUUGUUGCGUGAAUAUAGCAAUUUCUGUGUCGAGUCGAUCAUAAGUCCCUGCAAACCAAGUCUCUUGCAAGUCCACCACAAGACAUCCAUUUACAAUCCAAGUCACAAGCUGUGACUGGUGCUGUGGAAGGACCUGUGAUUGGACUUGUGAAAGAACUUGCGAUGGACUCAGUACAACAUAACUUUUAAUGAUUCAGUUUGUCUGCCAAAGUCCCAUUCAUCGACUAUUUAUGUGCUUUCGUAUAUCCUAAACGGCUGAACAAAUUUGGAACUUUGUAACAAUUAUGAAAAGUUAAGUUAACACGAUUAAAAGUUAUCAAAGUGUCAAUUUGUUGACUGCAUUUCUGUGAUGCAGAGUUCAUUGUGUUUACACUGUACUAAUUUCAUUGUCAAAGUCAUUAUUAUAUGAGUGACUUGCCAAAUUAAAUCUAAUGGAAUUCGUGGAAUGAAAUUAUUUGACAGUGUAAUUGCAACCAGUGCAUAUACUGUUACUGUUACAGCUUGAAAGACUUCCAGGUGCAGAAAAUCAGAA